AUGAGUGAGCCUGACAGCUCGGAGUCCACCCAUGGAAGCCAACCGUCCACUCCAUCCAUUCCGAGUAUCUCAACCGUGUUCACCAGGCCAGAUGGCGAGGUAUCUACUGCAGUUCAUCCUCCAGAGCCUGGCUCCCAAUCCUCAAAGACCAACCCAAACCCGAAUGAACAGUCAUCGGUCGGGUCUCCCGAUUCUGAAUCCGACUCUACUCGAUUCACAGAUAUUACUUCACCCAGUACCAACAGUCCCGAGUCAUCCCAUCUCUCUACCGGGAGUACUGUGAUAAAGAGUGACUCUCGGGAGUCUGCCUUUCCCCCAGCCAGUACAGAUGCGUCUAUCAAUGGUCCAGAUACUUCAUCUGAUGGCAGUCCUGGAGCAACUAUCCCAACUGGACUCGGGACAACCAGAGCUGGCAAUUCGGAAGAGACCAACCCCGCCACUGAGACUGUUGUACCUGAGCCAUCUGGUGUGAGCACCACCAGCACCGAACAACCCAGUGGAAGCCCGAACCUUUCUACAGAUAACUCGUCAACAACCUCAAUCACAAGCGAUGUUGGAUCUCCUGCGUCUACCGCAAACUCGAAUGGGCCAGAUACUUCCACCAUUUCACCUUCCACAGAACACCAUACUUCAUCCCGAGUUGAGACGAGCGUGUCAGAGUCAGAUACAGGUGCUGCAACGGGAUCUGGGACCACCAGCACAAACCCCUCAAUCCCACCCACAUCAGUCUCAGAAACAGAGGUCAAUGGGGUGACCAGCGCCACGUCUGUCGAACCGACGACUCCAUUGAGAGAACAAUCAACACGGGGCGAUGAUGCACCUUCCACUGAACCAGGACACAUUACAACUAGUCAUAGCGACAACGAGCAGCCCUCGCCCUCGUCAACGAGUACUUACUUUGCUGUACCUGUAACAACAUCCGUCACUAUGCCUGAGACUCGGGAUGAUGGCUUCGCGAUACCUUGCAACAUUGGUCCCCCGCCAGCCAUUUCCGAUAACCCCAAAGGCGGCAUCGAGAUCAAUACGAACCAACCACUUCCAGACUGGCCCGGCUUCACUGUCGGCCCUGGAAACACUCCGACAUUUUCAGAUGAGCCCACGGCCUGUGAGACCGAUUCGGCCGAGUUGUGUGUUACGAGCACAUCAUAUGCUGUUAGCAUUGAUGCUACAGUAACCACUACGUUCUCCAGCGGUGUGAUCUCCACUUGUGGCACUGUUUAUGGGUGCAAGGUUCGGGACCACAGCCAGACAAUAACGGGAACCGAUGUAACUACGGCCACAUCGGGGAUCCCAACGUACAGGUCUCUUCGUGCAAUGGAAACCUGGGAUGACAUGGAAUUGAGCGAAGAACAACUUGAGAGUAUAGCCAAUCACGUGCAGUCAGACCUUGACUCAAUGUUUGGCACUGCUACUAAGAGAGCAACAACGACGACUGGAGAUGCAUCUGAGCCUACAGAAUCAGUGUGGACUGGUACAUGUCCAGCCAAGACCGGACCGUACCCAACAGUGGUUGAUGGGAAGUUCACCGAGAAUAUCGGAGAGAAGUGUCUCUGCGAGCGUAAUAGCUGGAUGAAGAUAGACGAAAAGCUGCAGCCGUACACCCUCGAUCAACUGAGAGACGCUAUACAAGAUUUCUGUAACGGUUCACGGAAGCUUAGAAAGCCUGCACCCACGGGAAUUCCAGACUUUGCGGUGAAUCGAUUCCCAACAGAAGGCACGCACGGCAUAUUCAUCUCGGUCGGCUGGGAUACCCCUCCCCUCUGGAACUCCACGGAUGAGAGGUGCAAGGCCAAGAGUGACCUUUUCCUGGGGAAUAGCUGCAAAAAUGCCUUGGAGAGAUUUGAAUGUCGGGGUGCAAAGAGAGAUGAUCUUUGGGGAGGGACUUACUACGAGGCGCUUGAUGAGGGAGGUUGUGUGAGAUGGACGCUCACACCUGUCUACUUGUCUGAUGGGGGGUCCACUGCACGGCGAAUGAGCGUCGAAAUGUAG